AUGAUCUUCAAGCAGCUGCAUGACUGUGUCAUCCCACUUAUUGUCAUGGAGAUCAAGCACUCCAUAACGCAGGCAUCAUACUCCGUUCUGAACUUGUGGACUGAUUCCGAGCUGUCAUACAUCCGGGACAAAUGCUGUUGUCCGACCUUUAUUCUCGUUGGCGGUGGCCCUUAUCUUUCCGUACUUGGUGUUGUCUGGACCGAUAGAUUCAUCGUCCAGCGACUCACCAACGUCAUGUGCGUUGGUGAAGCUACGAUCCAUGAAGAAGCCCACUUGUAUCGCCUCUCACGGAUCUUUACGUCCCUCCGCCACUGCUUGCGGACGCUGAAUUUGUUUUACGAUGGUAUCCUAAAACGAACGGAUCUUGAGCUGAUUCCCAACCAGCCCCACCCCCGCUACUUCCCCUACCCCGCUAGUUUCACAGAGUACGACUCUGAGACCAGAACCGAGUUCAAGUAUCUUGACGUGCUUGAGAGCGAUUCUACCAAUGUCACCUUCCUCGCGCAGACGACGUCAGAGGUCCCACGGAAGCUUAUCGUCAAAUUUGUUGACCGCUAUGGUGUUAAUGCCCAUGUGUGUCUUGCUGAAAACGGCAUGGCCCCCAGGCUGCUCUUUUGUGGCCUCCUCAAUGGUGUCGACGACGCCAGAAGUGUCGAAAGUGCGUGCGGCGCCACUAAAUCCGGUGGUUUGUACUUGGGGCCCUUGCGCAUGGUCGUCAUGGAAUACAUCGACGGGACCAGCGCGCAGGAGAUUCCUCUGGAUGUCUGGCCGGCUGACGCAUAUAGUCAGGUCAAGGCGGCAGUCACACAGCUUCAUUGUGAAGGACUUGUUUUUGGAGACUUGCGUCGGCCUAAUGUUAUGUUUACCCACGACUCGAAGGUGAUGCUCAUAGAUUUCGAUUGGGCGGGUAAGGAGGGUGAGGUGCGGUAUCCCAGGGGACUGUCUAGUCGGGUAGUCUGGCCUGAUGGUGCCGGAGAUUUCCAGCUGAUAAAGAAGGAACAUGAUAUGGUGAUGCUUGAAAGGAACUUUACCUGA